UUAGCAAAGAGGGAGGGUGUUUCACCACUUUUGUCUGAUCCUAGCUGCAUUGUCACUGCUCCUUGAGCUUUUGGCAGUAGAGGCACCUCCACUCACCCGCUCCACAUACACACACUCAACAGUGACAAUCUGCGACUGCAUCUCCAGCACUACAGCUCAAACUCCACUUUGGUGGACUUCUGCAACAGGAUGAGUGCUUAUCUGUUUUUCCUCUGGUGGUUUUAAGUGCUUUUCUGAAAGUUUUUUCUCCCCGUCUGUCUCGGACCAAUUUUACUCCAAAUAAAAGGGACUUUUUUUUUCAACAACUGCAGCUCAGAUGUGUGAAGUAUUACAUCUAUGUUUGCUUCAGCACGCUAAAGCUUCUGGACAAACAAGUGGGAUAUGGAUGUUUAGAAUGAUGACUGAAGGAAAGGUGACAAGGUAUCAUUGAUGCUGUUGUUUAAGAUUUGGAGAUACGGUAGUACAAAACACAAGCUGAAAUUAAUAAUCAUCAUGGUCUCUCAAUCAGUUCUAGAAAGAUCACAGGUCAUUAGACAUAUCUGAUGCCUUACUAUGAGUCUCUUUGCUGAUGCACGCUUCUGAAACACUGCACACAUUGAUUUGUGGCAUAAUUAAGUACUCAAAAAUGGCAACUCUGACCAACAACACUGAAUCGAAUCUAACCUACAAUGGGACACAUUACAGCGAACUAGGUCCAGCGCUCAGCUCGUUUGUGUCGGUUGUCAUGGUGUUCAUCGUCACGACUAUUGUUGUGGGUAACCUUCUGGUCAUCAUCGCGAUAGCCCGCACUUCCCAGCUGCAGACCACGACGAACAUCUUCAUCAUGUCAUUGGCAUGCGCUGACCUCAUCAUGGGAGUGCUGGUGGUGCCACUGGGUGCCACGAUAGUUGUAACGGGCAGCUGGCAACUGAGUAAGACUUUGUGUGAGUUAUGGACAUCAGUCGAUGUGCUAUGUGUGACUGCCAGUAUAGAGACCCUUUGCGUUAUUGCGGUGGAUCGGUAUAUCGCAAUCACCAGUCCAUUGCGGCACAAAGUGCUUCUGAAUAAGUGCAGGGCUCGAAUUAUUGUCUGCGUUGUGUGGGUGGUCUCUGCUCUAAUUUCCUUUGUCCCCAUUAUGAAAAAGGAAUGGCAAAAAAAUGACAAUAAAGCAGAAGCGUGCCUGAAAGACCCAGAGUGCUGUGAUUUUGUAACAAACAUGUACUAUGCUAUCUCAUCUUCAGUCGUUUCAUUCUACGUCCCACUACUCAUUAUGAUUUUCGUCUAUGCCCGGGUCUUCGUCAUUGCCACCCGACAGGUACAGAUGAUUGACAAGAACCGCUUGAGAUUCCAAAACGAGUGCAUGGGCAAUCAGGUACAACCACCAAUCCAUGGCAACAACAACUUUCCUUCAAUGUGCAAUAACGUUGGAGGAUUGACAUCAAGACGGAAAAGUUCUCGCAGACGACCCUCAAAAUUAACUGUUGUCAAGGAGCACAAGGCCCUAAAAACACUGGGCAUCAUCAUGGGCAUCUUCACCCUAUGUUGGUUGCCUUUCUUUGUGGCAAACAUCAUCAACGUCUUUAAUCGAGACAUGCCAAGUAAGGACAUUUUUCGAUUAUUAAACUGGUUAGGCUACAUCAACUCUGGCCUCAACCCAAUCAUCUAUUGUCGAAGCCCAGAGUUCCGUGCGGCCUUCAAGCAUAUUCUUGGCUGUCCCUGGAUCCCAUCACUAAGAAUGAACUUCCUCUACAAGGAGCUUCGGACUCGAUGCCCUUGUUUUCUGGGGUCUGCUGAGCCAGGAUUGCCAGGAUCUUUCCAGAAUCCCCACACACCAGUAGGGACACUGCCUGGGGAGGGAAGUGUUGGGAGCAGCCAGAGCAGCUACAGGAGCGAGAAGCUGUCGCCGGGACCCCCGCACUCCAACGGCAGCAAAAACUUUAGCGAAUUUUCCGAACCCGAGACUGAAUUCUGUGACCUACAAGAGCAGGAUGGCUAAGAGUCUCUAACAUGGCUGAAAGAGAGGAAUGCUGAGGAAGAAAUGGUGAAAGGACUGACCUAACUCACAGUUGGCUGACCUUCCCCAGCAGAGACCACAAAGCACCACGAAAUAUUUAUAAAGCCAUAAGGGGAGCCUCCUCCAAAAAUAAUCGAAGGAUAUAAGAAGAGAGGCAGACAGACAAAAGAGUGAAUAGCCAUACAAACAUGUUCUAAAAGAACAGCCUGUCUACGGAGAGAGCGACUGAACUGGUACUGCUUACAGAGAAAUGUAAUCCACUUCAAGCCGGUACUGCUAACGUUCUGUUAAGGAGAGGAGUACUUGAGCAAUCCACUUUAGCCUGGUUUGGUCCAGUUCGUAUGACAAACAAUGAAUCAGUGCCAUGUUAUUAGUACGGACUUUAACUGAUUCUUCACACACAUGGACACAAUAACUCUGAAUAGACUUUCCAAGUGGAGCGUGUUUUGUAUAUAUAUAUAUAUAUAUAUAUAUAUAUAUAUAUAUAUA